CCUUCACAGAUUUUAAUGUAAACGGAGAGCCGAAGGGACACAAAGAGACCUUCGCCGGUGUGAGAUGUUGCUAGCAUCGGCCGUGGUCGUAUGGGAAUGGCUGAACGAGCACGGUCGCUGGCGACCUUACAGCCCAGCAGUGUCUCACCAUAUCGAGGCGGUGAUCCGCAGCGACCCUCGGGGUGCCGGGAGUGUGGUACUAGGCCAGGUUGACUCGAGAUUAUCCCCAUACAUCAUCGACCUGCAGUCCAUGCACCAGUUUCGCCAAGACACUGGUACGCUUCGGCCAGUACGGAGGAGUUUCUACGACCCGACGUCGGCUCCGGGCCAGGGCUGGCUGUGGGAGUGGGAGAAUGACUCGGGAUCGUGGACGGCUUACGACACGGACGUUAGCAUAGCCAUUCAGGCUGCGCGGGACCGCCAGCAGCCCUGGUUGGACCUGACUCCGCUGGGCUUCUGCUACCUCAUCGACCUGCAGAGCAUGACCCAGAUCAACAGGCAGACGCAACGGCGCCGCCGCAUCCAGAGGCGAUCGGACCUCGCCUACCCGCUUGUCUCCGGCCCACUCCCCAGGCCGAACGUGUGGGGUGGCAGUUCGGGGUCUGGAGCAGGGGUCGGGAGUUCCCUCUUUGGGAUGGGGAUGUCUGGGAUGAGUGGGGGCAAUGGUAGCGCCUACCCCAGUGGAGCCCUUCCUGCGUCCUCCAUCACCUCCCUGGGCCAGCCCUGCUCCUGCCAGCAAUGCAUGCUGGUCCUGGGCGUCAAGACCUCCAGCAUGGCCCACACUCUGGGGCGGAAACCUCCUCAGAUGGUCAAGCCGCCCAGCCCGAAAGCCACCAUGCGGGGGUAUUCCUAUUCACUCACCCUUCCUCACCCCCCAGCCCUGUCCCGUGUGCUUUCUCCCCACAGGAACACCACCACUGGAGCCAAUGGGGGGUUUGGCCACUCGCUCGCCCAGCUGAGUUCGGCCACCGCAGCACUUUCUCUCUCAUCCACACGCCCCCCUCCCCCUACAGUGCCCCCGCCUCCCCCUCCCACAACCACGCCCAGUUCUGUCUCCGCCCCUAACCCGCCUCCUUCUCCGCCUGCGAUAGCCACUCCUCUCAUCUCCACAGCGACCACCUGUGCCCCCACGCCCUCUGCUCGCGUCCUGGGCCCCGUUUCGUCGGCGGCUGCUGCCUGCUCGGCCCCCGUGCCCCCUCGUGCCAGCCUGGCUGGGCUGAGUCGACCCGCCCUGCAACGAAUUGCCAUGGCACAGUCGCGGGCGCUCAUAGCCUCUGGUGUUCCAACGGUUCCUGUGAAGAACCUGAAUGGCUCCAGUCCAGUUCACCCAGCACUGGCAGGCAUUACUGGCAUUCUGAUGAGUGCGGCUGGACUUCCUGUCUGUUUGACCCGCCCACCUAAACUCGUGCUCCACCCACCUCCCGUCAGCAAGAGUGACAUCAAACCAGUCCCAGGCCUGGGUCACUGCUGCCGCAAGACCACCAAGAAACAGGCUCGCAAAGGUCGGACUCCUGAGGAGGUGGUGAGGAGAUACCUGCAGAAGGUGCGGAAUCCUCCGGAAGAGGACUGCACUAUUUGCAUGGAGGCUCUUGGCGGUCCCUCUGGCUAUAAGGGCCCUGGAGUGGGUGGGAUCUCUCGGGCAGAGUCAGUGGGUCGGCUGACCCAAUGCGGGCACCAGUACCACCUGCAGUGCCUGGUGGCCAUGUACAAUAACGGGAAUAAAGACGGGAGUCUGCAGUGCCCCACCUGUAAGACCAUCUACGGCGUCAAGACUGGAAACCAGCCGCCUGGCAAGAUGGAGUACCACGUCAUCCCGCACUCGCUGCCCGGACAUCCCGACUGCAAAACCAUCCGUAUCAUCUACAACAUACCCCCUGGAAUACAGGGCCCUGAGCAUCCAAACCCCGGUAAGCCCUUCACCGCUCGUGGAUUUCCCCGCCACUGCUACCUCCCUGACAGCGAGAAAGGCCGUUUGGUACUGAAGUUGCUCUUGGUUGCCUGGGACCGCAGGCUUAUCUUCUCUGUGGGCACGUCCAGCACCACAGGAGAAUCAGACACAGUCAUUUGGAAUGAGGUCCACCACAAGACCGAGUUUGGCUCCAAUCUGACCGGCCAUGGUUACCCCGACGCUGGUCACCUAGACAACGUCCUCGAAGAGCUGAGAGCUCAAGGCAUCACUGAGGAAGAGUGUCUGGACAAAGAUUGA